AGCGCCCUCCAUUAGGCCGUUCCAGUUCCAACCCAACCUCAAUCUCUUCCGACCCGCUGCAGCUCCAAUGCUUCUCUCUCCACUCUCCACUAUCCACUCUCCCUGGUCGUCGCCCAAACUCGACUAGAUCAACGCAAUCAAUCGAGCUAGCGGAUGACUGAUGCUACUGCCAUGUAGUAGCUUAGGUGCAAGUUAAGCUAGCUUGUAGGUCUGGUCAUCGCCACCACCCAGUGGCCGGUUACUGGUGCUGCGGCACAAGUGCCCUCCGACGAGGAGAGGAUGAGGGUUCGCAUGGCCGCGAACCGCGGGGCCAUCUUCCUCCUCCUCCUGCUGCAACUUGUCGUCCUCUCCCUGCUCGCGUCGACGUCGUCGAUGGCGGACGGGCAGCAGGCUGCGGCCGUGCGGCGUCGGCGGCGGCAGGUGCUGCUGCGGGAGAAGGCCACCCUGCUGGCCCUGAAGCGGGCGCUCACGCUGCCGCCGGCGGCCUUGCCGGACUGGAACGAGUCCAACGGCCACGUCUGCGGCUUCACCGGCGUCACCUGCGACUGGCGGCGGGAGCACGUCGUCGGGCUCGCGCUCCCCAACAUGAGGAUCUCCGGUGCCAUCCCGCCGGUCGUCGGCGCGCUCUCGCGCCUCCGGAGCCUCGACCUGUCCAACAACAGCAUCUCCGGCGCCAUCCCGCCCGCCCUCGGCGGCCUCUCGCGUCUCCGGAACCUCGACCUGUCCAACAACAGCAUCUCCGGCGCCGUCCCUCCGUCCAUCACCAACCUGACGCGCCUCGAGAACCUCUUCAUGUACAAGAACGUCCUCUCCGGCGACAUCCCUCCAUCCAUCGGCAACCUCACCAGGCUCUACGAGCUCGACAUGUCGAGCAACAACCUCACGGGGCGGAUCCCCGCCGAGCUCUCCAACCUCCGCGGCCUCGGCGUGCUUCAGCUCGACAACAACCAGCUCCGCGGCGCCAUUCCGCCGUCCCUCGCCAUGCUGGCGGGUAUGUUCUACCUCAGCCUCGAGCACAACGACCUGUCCGGCUCCAUCCCAGCAGCUAUCUUCCUCAACUGCACGAUUCUGGGAGUCAUCGACCUCGGCAACAACAACCUCUCCGGCGAGAUCCCUGGCGCCGCCUCGGGCACCCUCGCCGACUGGUUCGCCGCCCUCAACCUCUACUCCAACAGGCUGACGGGGAAGCUCCCACGCUGGCUCGCCAACUGCACGCGUCUGAUGGAGCUGGACGUGGAGAACAACCGGCUCGACGAUGAGCUCCCCACCAGCAUCAUCUCGGGCAAGAAAUACCUCACGUACCUGCAUUUGUCCAACAACAAUUUCCGGAGCCAUGACGACAACAGCAACCUGGAGCCAUUCUUCGCCGCGCUGUCCAACUGCUCGUCGCUGCAGGAGGUCGAGGCCGGCGCCGUGGGGAUGGGCGGGCAGCUGCCGGGCCGGCUCGGCUCAAUGCUGCCUCGCAACAUGUGGCACCUCAACCUGGAGCUGAACGCCAUCAGGGGCCCGAUCCCAGCGUCCAUCGGGGACAUCAUCAACAUGACGCUGAUGAACCUGUCGAGCAACCAGCUCAACGGGACGAUCCCGACGUCCCUCUGCCGGCUGCCGAGCCUGGAGCAGCUCGUGCUGUCCAGCAACUUCCUGACGGGGGAGAUCCCGGCGUGCAUCGGCAACGCCACGCACCUCGGCGAGCUGGACCUGUCGGGCAACGCGCUGUCAGGGACCAUCCCCGGCAGCAUCGGGAGCCUUGCCGAGCUCAACUACCUCUCCCUGCAGAGGAAUAGGCUGUCCGGAGCGAUACCGCCAGGCCUCAUCAGCCGGUAUGCCAAUCUGCUGCUCCUCGACCUCUCGAGCAACCGCCUGACCGGUGGGAUACCGGAGGAGGUCGCCGGCACUGCCAAGAUGACGCUGAACCUGUCGCGCAACCAGCUCGGGGGCGAGCUGCCGAGGGGACUCAGCAACAUGCUGGUGCAGACAAUCGACCUGUCCUGGAACAACUUCACCGGCGAGAUCUUCGCCGGCCUGGGGGACUGCGUCGAGCUGGCGGUGCUCGACCUGUCGCACAACUCGCUCGCCGGCAGCCUCCCCGCGUCCCUCGGCCGCCUGCAGAACCUCGAGAGCCUCGACGUCUCCAACAACUCCCUGACCGGCGAUAUCCCCUUGAGCCUGACCAAAUGCAACAUGCUGGAACAUCUCAACCUGUCGUACAAUGACCUCAGCGGCGUCGUGCCCGCCACCGGCCCGUUCGUGAAUUUCAGCUUCCUCUCCUACCUCGGCAACCGCCGGCUCUGCGGUCCGGUGGUCAGGCGCGGCUGCGGGACUCACCACAAGCGCGGGUGGUACCAGUCCCGGAAGUUCCUGGUCGUCCUGUGCGUCUGCUCCGCCGCGCUGGCGUUCGCGCUGACGAUCCUGUGCGCGGUCAGCGUCCGUAAGAUCCGGGAGCGGCUGGCGGCGGUGCGGGAGGACAUGUUCAGGGGCCGCCGCAGCGGCGGCGGCUCGUCGCCGGUGAUGAAGUACAAGUACCCGCGGAUCACGUACAGGGAGCUCGUCGAGGCGACGGAGGAGUUCAGCGCGGACCGGCUGGUCGGGACGGGCAGCUACGGGCGGGUGUACCGCGGCACGCUGCGCGACGGCACCAUGGUCGCCGUGAAGGUGCUGCAGCUCCAGUCGGGGAACUCCACCAAGAGCUUCAACCGCGAGUGCCAGGUCCUGAAGCGCAUCCGGCACCGGAACCUCAUGCGGAUCGUGACGGCGUGCAGCCUGCCGGACUUCAAGGCGCUGGUGCUGCCGUUCAUGGCCAACGGCAGCCUGGAGCGGUGCCUCCACGCGGGGCCGCCGGCGGAGCUCAGCCUGGUGCAGCGGGUCAACAUCUGCAGCGACGUCGCCGAGGGGAUGGCAUACCUGCACCACCACUCGCCGGUCAAGGUCAUUCACUGCGACCUCAAGCCGAGCAACAUCCUCAUCAACGACGACAUGACCGCGCUCGUCUCCGACUUCGGCAUCUCCCGGCUCGUCAUGAGCGUCGGUGGGGUGGCCAACGCCACCGACGUCGGCGCCUCCACCGCCAACAUGCUCUGCGGCUCCAUCGGCUACAUCCCUCCAGAGUACGGCUACGGCUCGAACCCGACGACGAAGGGCGACGUGUACAGCUUCGGCGUGCUGGUGCUGGAGAUGGUGACGAGGAGGAGGCCAACCGACGACAUGUUCGAGGCCGGGCUGAGCCUGCACAAGUGGGUCAAGAUCCACCACCACGGGCGCGCCGACGCGGUGGUCGACCCGGCGCUGGUGCGCAUGGUCCGGGACCAGACUCCGGAGGUGAGGAGGAUGUCGGACGUGGCCAUCAGCGAGCUGCUGGAGCUCGGCAUCCUCUGCACCCAGGAGCAGGCGUCCGCGCGGCCAACCAUGAUGGACGCCGCCGACGACCUGGACCGGCUGAAGCGGUACCUCGGCGGCGACACCACGGCCACCUUCGCGUCGUCGCUGGGGUUUUCCUCGACGACAUUUGAAGACAUCGGUUGACCAGUAGGGGCAGCUACGUACUGCAUACGGAUUUGUGAUGCAUAUGGCUAGCUAGCGUUCCUCCUGGAGGUACGGUUUCAUUUUUAACCGGUAAAUUAAUGGUGCAAGAACAUAGGAUUGAUUCUUUGAAGGUGUCUGACUGACGUAACAUAUAUAAGUCUUGUCUUGGCUGUA